CACAUAUCUGCAUCUGCGUACUUUAGAUCAAAAUGGUGGAACAGGCAACUCUGGACAAACUGGAAGCUGGCUUCAAGAAACUCCAAGAAGCCAACGAUUGCAAGUCUCUCCUCAAAAAGCAUCUGUCAAAGGAAGUUUUUGAUAGUACAAAAAACAAGAAAACGGCCAUGGGAGCCACACUUCUUGACGUAAUCCAAUCAGGUGUCGAGAACUUAGACAGUGGAGUGGGUAUCUACGCCCCUGAUGCAGAAUCCUACACAACGUUCGCCCCUCUGUUCAACCCCAUCAUCGACGACUACCAUGGCGGCUUCAAGGCCACAGAUAAACAUCCUGCAAAGGAAUGGGGUGAUAUCAAUACCUUGGUGGAUCUUGAUCCUACAGGAAAGUUUAUCAUCUCCACUAGAGUGCGCUGUGGUCGCAGCCUCCAGGGGUACCCCUUCAAUCCCUGCUUGACAGAAGAGCAAUACAAAGAAAUGGAGCAAAAAGUCAGCAGCACGCUAAGCGGUUUGCACGAUGAACUUAAGGGGACCUACUACCCCCUCACGGGAAUGGAUAAAGCCACCCAGCAGCAACUCAUUGACGAUCAUUUUCUAUUCAAGGAGGGAGACAGGUUUCUCCAAACGGCCAAUGCGUGUCGCUACUGGCCAGCUGGGCGUGGCAUCUUUCACAAUGACACCAAAACCUUCUUGGUCUGGGUGAACGAAGAAGAUCACCUCCGAAUCAUCUCCAUGCAGAAGGGGGGAGACCUCAAGACAGUGUACAAUCGCCUGGUCACUGCCGUGGACACAAUAGAAUCGAAGCUCCCUUUCUCUCACGAUGACCGCUUUGGCUUCUUGACCUUCUGUCCAACCAAUUUGGGCACGACCAUGCGAGCCAGUGUCCACAUUCAGUUACCCAAACUGGCUAAAGAUCGCAAGGUCUUAGAGGACAUCGCAUCAAAGUUCAACUUACAAGUCCGAGGUACCCGCGGUGAGCACACAGAGAGUGAGGGCGGGGUCUACGAUAUCUCCAACAAGCGACGACUUGGACUCUCCGAGUACCAGGCCGUUCGAGAGAUGCAGGACGGAAUCCAGGAGAUGAUCAAGAUGGAAAAGGCUGCUGCCUAAAUCCUAUGAGAACAUUUUUCUAUCUUUCUAUAGCCAUAACUACCAUCUCCGUUAACAGUUGUUAUGAAUUUUGUUGACAACCAAACACAGGAUCUUUAUUUCUUCCAAAAACCAGUAAGGAAACCAUUUGUAAAUAUCUGUAACUUACUUAAGUUAGGGUUACAAAUCUUUAAACUGUUUUAAAUCCCGCGUCAUAGAUUUCGUAAAGUCUUCCAAAUAGGUGAAAAAAUGUUCUUUUUAUUAAAUAACUGCCAACAAAGCACGAGUUUCCAACUCUCUAUGCAAAUCAAUUUCCUAAAGAGCGCCACCUGCAACCCAUCCACUUCA